CGUAGGCGGUUACUUGUGUGUGCGGUGUACAGAUGAUACGGAUUUUGCAAUUGUACUCGAUCCGGAAUCAGUGCCGUCUCGGUCCUUUGAUGCCGUUCGGUGGCCAAUAACGUCGGUCGCGUGGCUCUACCCGACGCUGAAGAAGGCGGUGAGGUCGAUCGAGAGCAUUGCUCGAUAUCACGGAGCUCUCACAAUCAGUGUUCUCGCGCUACUCCGGAAGAACAAGUCCCUCGCGAUCGUGAAUGCAACUCUGCGCUGUCCCACGCAUAUGACGAACGUUCACAAUUUUGACGCUUUUCUCGUGCAACGGCAACAAGAAUUGGCCAGAUGAAGGUAAUCUCUACUCGCACUGAUUAACCGUGCAGCGAUAUCGCCAGGAAUGUAUAUCAAGAUCACAGAAGAGAAAGAGAAAAAGAGAGAAAGAGAAAGAAACAGGGAGAGGGAAUUACAUACUGUUGUUUGUUGUUUAUUGUAAAGACGAAUUCUCCGCCUAUCUUCCUUUCAUCUAGGCGUAUCGUGAUGUGACUGAGCCGCACAAAAUCUUUAUUCAGUGAUCUUUCGAGAUGGUUGUAAUUUCACAGCUAUGUGUUUAUCUUCUGUUGUUUGUUUUUGUUAGGCCUUUUAAUAGUGCAUUCUCACAAAGUUAAGGAUACUCUGAAUUAGGAAAUUCAGGCUAAGGAUAGGAAUUAAAGAUCUUUUUACUAAGUCUUUUUGACAUGUCCAUUGUCUAUUGUUUUCUAUGUGUGUAUGAGUUCCAUGAAUGUACACAGUCAUGUCCUUACAAAUAUAAUACAAGCACAUGCACAAUUGAGUACAAUACAUAAAAUUAUUCUACAGAUAAUGUCAGAUGAUGAUGCUGCAUUGGACUCAAUGGAUACCGAGGAAGAAAUCUUUUCACCUCGCAACCACAGCUUGGAUUCAAACAUCAGGCGACCCAGGAGCCUGCGCAAGCUGAGGUCGCAUUCCACCUCUAAUUCUCACCUAACUAGAAACAAUCUGAGUGUACGUCGCAGUACACGUAAUAGAAUGCAGACUUAUGACAAUCUUAAUACAAGCUGGAUUCUAGGAACGCAAACCUUGAAAGGAUAUCCUAUGUUUCAACAACAUCCAUCUUCCUCGGACAAAGAGAUGGUAGAUGAUGUCCCUGGUAGAAAACGCGAUCUCCGUGAUCGCAUGCCCUUGAGAUCUCGCGAAAAUCAUCCACCUAAUAAAACUCCAACGAGGCAUCUUAGAGACAGAACGGAGCACGAUCGACAAAAUAGCAGGGAACUUCGAGGUAGACCCGAUCGUGAAAUCAAAGAGAGAACUGAACCAGAAAAGGAUGUCGGUGAACAAACAAGACCAGCAAAUGAGGAAAAAGAUACAAGAACGAGGAAAUCUGAUAGCCCAAGCAGAUUUAGAGAAGGUCCCGUAACCAGAUUAUGUGGAAGUAUAGGUGAGAAGACCGAGAAGCCCAAAGUGGAGCAAGUGGAGGCAGAUGAUGAUAGUUCACGCGAAAGUGAAAAGCCAGAUAACAAUGAUAACGACAAUUCUGAAAACGAAGAUGGUUAUGAGGACAUGUACACGCGUAUUAAAAGAACAAGGCGCACGGCUCAACGACAACUGCCAAGAGUGGUGGAUAGCGAUUUAAGCGAAUCCUCGGAUUCUCCUGGGCCUAGAAAGUAUAGUUUACGUCAAAAAAAGCCUACUGUAGAUAGGUUUCAAGCUAAUGUAGAACCAGUUAGACGUUCUAUUAGAGCCCUUAGAAGUGUUCUCAGUAAUUCGAUGAGAAGAAGGAAGCAUAGAAGUAAGAGCACAAGUUCUGCCGAUUCCAGUGACUCUGAGCCUCAACGUUACGACAAGAAGAAAGGCAAAAAGGCGAGACAAUCGGCCAUACCACAAGGCGGCCCACCUGAUCGAAAAGCUGAUAUAAAUCCCAUCACCGUAGAUACUAACAUUAGAUUUAAUGACGUCGGAGGUCUGGAAACCCACAUUCACUGCCUUAAGGAGAUGGUCAUCUUUCCUAUGAUGUAUCCAGACGUUUUUGAGAGAUACGACGUUACUCCACCGAAGGGUGUCUUGUUUCAUGGUCCGCCAGGGACUGGCAAAACAUUAAUAGCUAGAGCGUUAGCAAACGAGUGCAGUCAAGGUAACAAGAAGAUGGCAUUCUUUAUGAGAAAAGGAGCGGAUUGUCUGUCGAAAUGGGUCGGGGAAUCGGAACGGCAAUUGAGAUUGUUGUUUGAACAGGCUCAACAAAUGAAACCGUCCAUAAUAUUUUUUGACGAAAUAGAUGGCCUGGCACCUGUUAGAAGUACCAAGCAGGAUCAAAUACAUGCCAGUAUUGUAUCCACACUCUUGGCACUUAUGGAUGGUCUUAGUGACAGAGGACAGGUUAUAGUUAUCGGUGCAACAAACAGAAUUGAUGCAAUUGAUCCAGCUCUGCGAAGACCCGGCCGUUUUGAUCGUGAACUCUUUUUUCCCUUACCCGCCAUGAAAGAGAGAUUAGAAAUCCUAAAAAUUCACGUUAGUAAAUGGAAAAAUCCACCAUCCGAUCAAUUGUUGGAGAUAUUGGCGGAAAAGGCAACUGGUUAUUGCGGCUCAGACUUGAGAGCUUUAUGCACCGAGGCAGUACUGCAGGGAUUAAGGAGAACUUAUCCACAAAUUUAUAUGACAAACGACAGAUUAUUAUUGGAUCCGGAAAGAGUCGAUGUAAAAAAACGUGACUUUAUGCAAGCAAGCUCUAUGCUCGUUCCAUCAUCGCAUAGAGUAGCUCCAUAUGCGGGAAGAAAAUUGCAGCCUUUUAUGGAAUCGCUAUUGGCACCACCCUUGGAAGAAUUAAUCAAUUUAAUAAAAGGAAUAUUCCCUCAGGGUGUAAAUCCUGCAAUGGCAAAAAUGAGGAAUGUCAAGGGCAUCCAUCGUCCACGAUUAUUGAUCUCGGGUGGCAGUUUGUCUGAGGGUCAAGGUCCUCAUUUAGCUCAAGCAUUGCUAUAUUGUAUGGAGCAUCUACCAAUCCAGAUCUUAGAUGUCGGCACAUUAUUUGCAGAAAGUGCUCGAUCCCCGGAAGAAACUUGUGUACAGGUGUUUAACGAAGCGGUUAGGAACGUACCGUCCAUAAUUUACAUUCGAUCGAUCAAUCAAUGGUGGCCUCUCGUGCCGGAAACAGUAAAAGCAGUUUUCCUGUGCCGUAUCGCCGCCUUAGAUCCUUCAUUGCCAAUUUUAAUUCUCGCAACGAGUGAUGCAACGUAUAAAGAUCUACCCAAUCAACUAAAGAGUUUGUUUAGCGAAUUACGUGGGGAGGUAUAUUCUAUGAGAACUCCUACUAGUGAACAAAGAACGAAAUUUUUCCGGCCCAUUUUUAUGAUCCAAAGUCUAAAACAGCCACAGAUCAAAAACAACAAAGUAGAGAUUUUAGAAACACUGCCAUUAGCGCCGAAUCCGUUGCCAAAGAAACUAACGGAAGAAGAGAAGCAGAUUAUGUACGAGAAAGAUGAAGUGUCUCUGAGAGAGCUGCGGAUUUUCCUGAGAGAAAUAUGCGCUAAAUUAGCUAGAAAUCGACAAUUUUUCAUGUUUACGAAGCCGGUGGACACGGAAGAAGUACCGGAUUACAACCUGAUAAUAAAGCAGCCUAUGGAUUUGGAAACGAUGAUGACCAAGAUCGACAUGAACAGCUAUCUAUGCGCCCGCGAGUUUCUCGAUGAUAUUGAUCUCAUUUGCAGAAAUGCUCUAGAAUAUAAUCCAGACAGCUUACGUGAUAGGCCCUCCCUCGGAAUAUUAAAGAGAGAUCCCGCGGACAAAUUGAUAAGACAUCGAGCGUGUUCCUUGCGUGAUAACGCAUACGCUUUAAUAAAAGCGGAAUUGGACUCCGAUUUUGAGGACAAGUGUCGCGAAAUUUCCAAGAAUCGUCGAAUUUUAGAGAGUAAUUGUGAUAAUCAGGGGGAAAGCAAAAAUUCCAAGCCAGAAUCUACUACCGCUGGUGAACGAGCGGAGAAGAAGGAUUCUGUAAAUUCUAGUCAUUCUCUCGUCGUGAACGGAAAGAAAUUUGGUAGUUCAAGGAAACGUAAAAUACCUGCUUGGGCGCGCGGUUACGUGAAAAAGGUUCAUAAAAAGAAAAGGAUCGCUUUCGAUGAGAACGUUACUGAAGCAGUUGCGAAUAAAUCGUUGAACAAUGAAUCUACUAGUAUUGAUCUAGAAAAAUUCCAAGAAUUUGAAACCGAGGCGAAUAGCGUUUUAAAUGGGCAUAUGGGAUUGUAUGAUAAUACCGAUUCGGAGAACGAUUCGCAGAAUGAGAAUUCAAAGGGGAGCCAAAACUGCACUGUCACAGAUCAACGAAUAGAUAAUCUCGAUCAAAUGGAGAUAUGUUUCGUGGAAGAGGACAAGCCGAAUGGAAAUGGCGAUUCAAGUUCGUCGUCUCGACGCGAGAGCAUGGAUGAAUUGUCGUUUGCAAUCGAAAGUGAUACCAGUCGGGAUAAGAUCGAAGAAAACGAAAAAAUUAUAGUUGAUAAAAGUGAGCUCGAACAUGCAUGGCAUUUUACUGUCGAAAUAACGAAGGACUUUCCCGUCGAGGUAUUGUGCGAUAUUUAUGUGCAACUAAGCAGAUGCGUUGGGAAAUAUGCUCAGAAAUAUGAUAGAAAAUCACUGCCAAAGGACUUGCUCAAGGAAAUGGAAAAGUUUACACAGUACAAGUCACAACGUUAGUAGAGUACAACACACAGGUAUGACAUUGUAUGAAAGAAAAUGCAUGCUGCUAAUAAAGCAAACAUGCUAUAUUAUUGCGCCAUCGCGAUACCUUCAGCCACAUGUCGGAAGGUCUUUUUUUGUAUAUUUAUACUGAUCGCAAAGCCGGAUUUUAUCAUUGUAUCAAACGGAACUUUGGAAUGCUAUAUUUCUUAGUUGUUAUACUGCCAAUCUUUAGGUGAAUAACAGCAUGUAUCUGCAAAGCAAUUGCAUUUGUUGUGUAAGAUAAGAAAUUUUUAGUUAAAUAUUGAGUUUCAGAUAUAAUUAGAUUGGAUUGGAUUUUGUACAUACUCUAAAAAUGCUGUAAAUCCAAUCAAAUGAUUGUUUGAUAUUUCACACAAAAAUAAUAUUGAUUCUUAAUCAGAUAUAGGGCUGAAAUAUUAAAGAAAAACGCGAUUUUUUAAAUUACCAUUUCUAAUUGCUGCCGUUUACAUGUAUUUUAUCAAAUUAAUUUGAUCUAAAUUUAGUAAAUAAAAUGUGCAAAUUUGGUUACUCAUUAUUAUUGGCUUGAUAAUAUUUUUAUUUUUAUUCAUUACAUACAUUUCGUUAUUAAAAUUAUUUUUAUUUUUGAGAUUAUAUCACUUUUAUAUGAUCACAGUAGUGAUAAAAGUGAUAAAACUAAAAGGCAAAAGUAGCGAAUUGCUAACAUUCUUGCAUAAUAUUCCUUUAGGAUAAUCAUGAACUCUUGUUUGUGAACAGUGGUACGAAAAAUUUCAGAUUAGAUAUAGAAGAUCUAAUUAAAAACUUACUAACAAUAUAUAAUAUGUAUAACACGCAAAAAGAUACAAGUUUUUAAUUUUAUCUUCGAUAAAUUUAAUAUACAUAUACUUUAUAUGUAUACAGAUACAUAUAUAUACAAUUUACAAAAAUUAUUUUUCUUUCAAGUUUUUGCAUUAUUUUUAUUACAUAUAAAAUAAUAUGAAAAUACUAGAAUUGGUACAUUGUGUACUUAACUAUCUUAGUAAUCUUUGUUAGAUAAAGAGAUCAAUACGGCACGACGAUUGUCCUUAAUAUUGGAUUAUCGUCUAUUUUCUAAAAUAUGUCUAGUUUUGUUCUAUUACUAUUGACAAGAAAUUGACUACGUUUAGUAGAAUAUUUAUUUUGCAACAAUCAGUACGAAGAAAACUUUUAACAGUUGCAAGAUAAAUGUUUCUGAAUAUGAUUAUUCCAGAUAUUCAUCUUGAGUUCGAAUAAGAAUUUACAACACGUAGGGAAGGCCAAAAUACGAAACGUGUUUCCACUUGUUAUAUAUAAGAUUGUGUAGUUUUCUCCUCGUGUAUCAAAAUAUACCUCGCGCUACAGAAUGUAUCAAUUCAAAUUAUUACUAGUGUAAGAUAAUAUACAUUUGACGUAUAAAAUUGAGUAGAUCAAAGCUUAUUAUCUGAAGAAAGAAUCUAUACGAAGGAAUUAAUAAUUUUUAAAUAGUGAAAAUAUUAAAAUGUGAAAAUUAUUCGAAAUUACCUCAUAUGCAAAAAGAUAUGAGGUGAUGAAUGUAUCUAUGUAACAGUAUUAUUUUAUUAAAAUCGUGUUAUAUAUUCUUACCGAACAAUUGUUCCAAUUAAAUGUGGUCUUUUUCUUACGAUAAUAACAUUUGAUCCAUCCUGUAUUAAUGCAAUUCAGUUCAAUACGAAAUAACUUAAGGUAUAUUCGAAAUGUGACUAGUAAUCUGCAAUUUAAAUAGACCAAAGUUGUAAAAAGGAUAAGGUUUUACUCGUUGAAGAUGGAAACAGGGCACUUAAUAUACACACACGUACACUACUAUAAAUAUGAAAUACCUCGAUAAAAAAAAAAUAUAUAUAUAUAUGAUGCAGUGGCGGCUAGUUAGUCAUGUUUAGAUCAGUUUCGAAGGCUCUGAGAAGUGAAUGACUUCAAAAUUACAAAAUUAAUCGUUCGCGCGUUAAAUCUCCAAAAGCGAGCCGCAGCAGUUAAUACAUGCUGAAUAUCUGGAUUAGGAUUUGAAAAAAAUUAGCAUGAGAACAAAAUUACUUUAAAUUUCGCAGAAGAGAUAAAUAAUGUCAUUAAAAUCUGAAACGGUAUUGAAGCGAUUACAAAAACGUUAAGACUUCCAGUCCUAAGCGCUCUUGAAUAUCUGGCCGUCGCUCUACAAAAUAUCCCAGGACUAUCGCACUUUCUUCCAUUUGAUUUUCCUUUUUAUUUUUUCAGUCUUUUCAUUUUUUUAGUUAUUUAUAUUUUGAAAGUGAGAAAAGAUUAUUUUAUUUUUAAUAGUUUAUGGACUUAUAUAAAGCAAUGUCUUGAUUAAAAAAAUAAAAAUAAAGAAAACUGCCGUCUUAUUGGAUAUUCGUAAAUCCACGCUCGAGAAGAACUGUGACGAUUCUGGGACUUUGUGUUAUAUGUACAUGUAUAAAUAUUAGCGAAUAUUUAGGAUAUAACUUGCCUUCCCCCAGAUUCGUGUAUUGGUUGUGACUUGCUGUAAUUGUGAACGAUUAGUUACCAGACGAAGUCGUACGCGACGAGACGUAAACUCGUUUUCACUUAAGCUGUUGUUCGGGCAGUCUAAACAGCAGAUUCUCUUCAAUAAUCGAUUUAAAUAAAUGAUACAUCGGAGGCAACGUACAUACAGGGCGCGAUCCAUCCUUUUGCUAUUCAAUCCAUACAAUCGAAUAAGAGAGCUAUAGUAAAUAAAUUUUAUCAAUAAAUCUCUCAUGUGAUCCACGAGUAAUAUCUUUCUUAGGGAUACGUCGUUGUUGUUAAGAUGUAAAUUUUUCGUUCGCGAGAGCGCGAUAUUUAAAAGAUAAUCUACAAGUUGUGUUAGUAGCAUAUCCGUUUCUCGCGUCAGGUGAUGCAUUCGUAGCGAAGAAAUUUUUGUAAUUAACGUGAUAAGAAUUCGUUCCGUUCGGCGAUUGGAUCAUUCGUCGAAAUUCGAUUGUAUUACUUGCGAAAUUCUCUAGUAAGUAGAAUCGAAAAGACUGAGGUUUAGAAAAAAAGAAAGGAAGAAACGCUCGCUUUUUCUCAGCGUUCGUAUUAUGCAUGUGACGAGUACGCGUUCUUGAUUCUCAGCCUCGAUUGAAAACGAAAAAGAACGAAAGGGAGGAAAAAGAAAGAAUCGCUUUACACGAAUUAUUCACCCCGAUUCUCUCCCUAUACGGCAGGGAUCGUACAAGUAUCCGGUAUUUGCCAAAGAAGCUAACGACAGAUUGUGCACUAGCGAAACUUUCCCCGCAUAUAAUUAUAAUUGUUGCAAAGUGUUCUGAUAAAACGCAAGAAAACUCCACGCAGUCGAACGGAUGUGUACAUACGAUUUUUCUUCUAGCGAUUACAGAUUUUACAUUCCGCUUCGAAGUAACGAGCAUCCGAGAGAGACGGAUGCUCCACGAUUACGUUCUAGAUGCGGUUAUAUAUGUCGUCGUUUCGCUGGUACCACCGCAUAUGAAAUCCGCAUUAUACGUACAUAUGUAUAAACGAUAUUAUAUGCACUAUCGGAUCGAGAAGCUAUCUUGCAAACACUGCCGAUUACGGACGAGCGACCACACUUAUCUGUCUCUGUAUCUCUCUAUUUCUCUCUCUCUCUCUCUCUCUCUCUCUCUCUCUCUCUCUCUCUCUCUCUCUCACACACACACCAUAACGUCCCUUAAGACUACUCUCUACGAAGAACGAAGCAUUAACACGCUCGAACUUGAGCUGUAGCAUAUCAGGUAUCCGGCAAUUUUUUCUACUGACGAUGAACACACGCAGAGUAGAUGGUAGCCUUAAGAAUUUAGACGACGCAUACACGACGAAGUUGUAAAAGAUACGGACGAAAAGCGACGAGAUGCAUCCACUGCCUUAUUUAUUUUAUCAUAUAAGUAAUACAUUUUAUUGUCAUAUAUUAUAGUGAAAUAAAAAUUUCGUAAUGUAACCGGA